AUGAAGGACAGUAUCUCGCAGCUGCUAUUUGAUCCUGUAACAUUAUCCUGGGAUACGUAUAUUUGCCUUCAUUCUUUGCUACUAACAUUCUUGCUGCUAAUUUUAACUCUUCUCUCAGCUUUCGGGAAAGAUGAAGGUACAGUACAGCUGCCUGGUGGGAAAUUGGAAAUCAGAACCAACAUAUUGGAUGGUAAAAAUGAAGACAGAUCCCUCAGGACAAUCAAACCAUUCAUUAUGGACAAGUAUCCGGUCACCAACAAAGACUUCAGGGAAUUUGUGAAGGACGAGAAAUACAAAACGGAAGCUGAGAAAUUCGACUGGAGUUUCGUCUUUGAGAAUUUUGUCCCGGAAGAGCUUAAAAAGAAAGUGACGCAAAAACUAGAGUCAGCACCAUGGUGGCUUCCAAUUGAGAAAGCAUUUUGGAGACAGCCUUCAGGUCCUGGAUCCAGCAUCAAAGACAGGCUAGACUACCCAGUGUUACACGUGAGCUGGAAUGAUGCUCAGGCUUUUUGCAAAUGGAAAGGGAAGAGGCUACCAACAGAAGAGGAGUGGGAGUUUGCUGCUAGGGGAGGCCUGGAGAACAGAUUGUAUCCUUGGGGAAACAAAUUCUUAGCCAACCGCACAAACCUCUGGCAGGGCAACUUCCCCAAAGUUGACACAGCUGAAGAUGGCUUCCGCGGAGCAUCCCCAGUGGCAGCGUUCCCUCCUCAGAAUAACUAUGGCUUAUACGAUUUGCUAGGAAAUACUUGGGAAUGGACAUCCUCAGAGUAUCGUCCAAAUGGUCCUGCAUCCCGCCAGCCGGGUCAAAAGAUGCGUGUCCUGCGAGGAGCAUCCUGGAUCGAUACAGUGGAUGGCUCUGCCAAUCACAAAGCUGAGGUUACAACCAGGAUGGGGAACACUCCUGAUUCCUCUUCAGACAACUUGAGCUUCCGAUGUGCCAGCAGCCUCGUCAAGCAGCCAGCGCAGGAAGCUGUCGGCAAAAAGGCUGAACUUUGAAGCCAACAUUAAACUCUUCUAAAAAGACCCAGAUCUUUUCUCCUAUGGAGAUGGGUCAGCCUGCAUCUUUGUUGGCCAGACUUUGGGUAUUUUUUGAAUGGUUUUGAUAAAGGGCAAUGUUAAUGCUUGAAAGUUAAAAAUGAACAAAACCUUCCUACUGGUUGUAAUUGUAAUACAGCUACGCAUUGUUUGAUAUUUGCAGAUUACUGGUUUCAUUCUGGAACAAUCCUGUGCAGGAAACCAUUGUGCUAUCUAAAGUGAGAUUGGCUGGGCUCAUUCAUUUCUCUAACCAAGGGGUGUCAAACUCGAUUUCAUUGAGGGCUGCAUCAGGGUUGUGUUUGACCUCAGGGGGCUGGAGUGGGUGUGGCCAGGGUGGGCGUGGCCAGCUCAACAUCACUCAUGUAGGGGGCACCUAUGGUGGCCCGAGUGCUCUGCCACAGAAAACAGGUUCCCGGCGGCCUCCUGUAACGGAGCUCAGGAGGGCUGCUGUUUUCAGCUGUGACAGCCUCCUGCAACCCUCUGCCAGCGAAAACCGAGCUCGCAGUGCUCCCGAGCUCCGUUUUCGCUGGCAGAGGCACUGUGGGCCAUUCCGUUGUUUCCGGGGCGCUCCCGCGGGCCAGAUCUAAGCACCUCGCGGCAUUGAGUUUGCCACCCCUGCUCUAAGCCAUGUACAGUAUUUGUUUUUGGUAUAGCAUUUUGAAUAAACCCAUCUGUUAAGAUUUGCAAGCUU